AUGUCUGCCGCUGCUCCUUUGAAGUCGGCCAACGACAACAUCACUCGUUUCGAGCCUCCCAGCCGUGUCCUCUCUCCCCUCAACCACUCCCUUUUCCACAACAAGACAAGAUGUUUCGUAUAUGGUAUGCAGCCCAGAGCUGUCCAGGGUAUGCUGGACUUCGACUUCAUCUGCAAGCGUAGCACUCCCUCCGUUGCUGGUAUCAUCUACACCUUCGGCGGUCAGUUCGUCAGCAAGAUGUACUGGGGUACUAGCGAGACCCUCCUCCCCGUCUACCAGGACGUCAACAAGGCCAUGGCCAAGCACCCCGACGUUGACACCGUUGUCAACUUCGCCUCUUCCCGUUCCGUCUACAGCUCCACCAUGGAGUUGAUGAACUGCCCCCAGAUUAAGUCGAUUGCCAUCAUUGCUGAGGGUGUCCCCGAGCGACGAGCUCGUGAGAUCUUGGUUGCCGCCAAGGAGAAGGGUAUCACCAUCAUUGGACCUGCCACCGUCGGUGGUAUCAAGCCCGGUGCUUUCAAGAUUGGUAACACUGGUGGUAUGAUGGACAACAUUGUUGCCUCCAAGCUUUACCGCAAGGGUUCCGUCGGAUAUGUCUCCAAGUCCGGUGGUAUGUCCAACGAGUUGAACAACAUUGUUUCCCAGAACACCGACGGUGUCUACGAGGGUGUUGCCAUUGGCGGUGACCGUUACCCCGGUACCACCUUCAUUGACCACUUGCUCCGUUACCAGGCUGAGCCCGAGUGCAAGAUCCUCUUGCUGCUCGGUGAGGUCGGUGGUGUUGAGGAGUACCGUGUCAUUGAGGCUGUCAAGAACGGCACCAUCACCAAGCCCAUUGUCGCCUGGGCCAUUGGUACUUGUGCCAGCAUGUUCAAGACUGAGGUUCAGUUCGGUCACGCCGGUGCUUCGGCCAACUCCCAGCUGGAGACUGCCGUCUACAAGAACAAGGCCAUGCGUGAGGCCGGUAUCCACGUCCCCGACACCUUCGAGGACCUUCCCCAGACCCUCAAGGAGGUCUACGACGCUGAGCUGAAGAAGGGCACCAUCAAGCCCUCUCCCGAGCCGGCUGUUCCCAAGAUCCCCAUCGACUACUCGUGGGCCCAGGAGCUGGGUCUCGUCCGUAAGCCCGCUGCCUUCAUCUCUACCAUCUCCGACGACCGUGGCCAGGAGCUGCUCUACGCCGGUAUGCCCAUCUCUGAUGUCUUCAAGGAGGACAUUGGUAUCGGUGGUGUCAUGUCUCUCUUGUGGUUCCGCCGCCGCCUUCCCCGCUACGCCAGCAAGUUCUUGGAGAUGGUUCUCAUGCUUACCGCUGACCACGGUCCUGCCGUGUCCGGUGCCAUGAACACCAUCAUCACCACCCGUGCUGGUAAGGACUUGAUCAGUGCUCUCGUCUCUGGUCUCCUGACCAUCGGAUCCCGCUUCGGUGGUGCCCUGGACGGUGCCGCUGAGGAGUUCACCAAGGCCUUCGACAAGGGUCUCAGCCCCCGUGACUUUGUCGACACCAUGAGAAAGGAGAACAAGCUGAUCCCCGGUAUUGGCCACAGAGUCAAGUCUCGCAACAACCCCGAUCUCCGUGUCGAGCUCGUCAAGGAGUUCGUCAAGAAGAACUUCCCCAGCACCAAGCUGCUCGACUACGCUAUUGCUGUUGAGACCGUGACCACCUCCAAGAAGGACAACCUGAUCCUCAACGUCGACGGUUGCGUUGCUGUCUGCUUCGUUGACCUCAUGCGCAACUGCGGUGCCUUCUCCGCCGAGGAGGUCGAGGACUACAUGAAGAACGGUGUCCUCAACGGUCUCUUCGUCCUGGGACGUAGCAUUGGUCUCAUUGCUCACUACCUUGACCAGAAGAGACUGCGUACCGGUCUCUACCGUCACCCCUGGGAUGACAUCACCUACCUCCUCCCCGCCCUUCAGCAGGGUGGUGCUGAGGGCCGUGUCGAGGUUAACAUUUAA